UAAAAAUGGCUACUACGGCAUCAGAAGACGUCAAGUUGUUAUUUUUUGACACAUUUCAUCACGACAGAAAUAUAAAGGAACUAAAUCUUGAUUUGAUACAGUUUGCAAGGCCAGUAAUUGUAUGUGAGUUAAGAGUUAUCCCACUGAAGACUCAAGUAGAACCAAACUUGGGAAAGGGUUGCAGAUUAGGUGGAACACUUCCUUCAGAAUUCCUGCUAGAUGUGUUUGUCAACAACUUGGACAAGCCUAAUGCAUCAACAUUUGAAAAGCUUGGCCAAUUAGACUACAAAGAAAACAAGAAUAUUCAGCUGAAACCUGAACGGCAGAUCCCAACUGAUGGUCUCAUACUGAAGGGCCUAUACCACACAGUGACCCUAGCCGUCUAUGGUUGGGUCACAGUAGUGAAGCCACCCCAGGACUCGCCCCCUCCACCACCACCCCCACUCCCAGGCCACCCAGUGCCACUGAACAAAACCAAAAUUCCAGGCUUAGACAGUUCAGAUGAUGAGAGUCAUAAGCCUGCUGUACAACCACAACACAAGUUAGACUUUUUAAACGAACAAGUUCAGAAACGCCAGCAGCAAUUGUACGGGCCUGGGUCAACCUCUUCUACGUCCACCCGUGACCCCCAAAAACCCACAUCUCUUGAAUCCGCUUUUGUGGAGGUUCUACGAAAACCCUCACCCCGCAGGGGUUCAAGCAGGGAUCGGGGGUCAAGCCGGGAUCGGGGGUCAAGUAGAGACAGGUGUUCCAGCAGAGGGGGCAGUCGGGAAAGAGAUAUUAGCCGUGAGCGUGCUUGUAGUCAUGACUCACCCAGAGAUAGAGACUCUCUAAGAGACUACAGUUUCCCACCUGAACCAGUAGAGCCAUAUAAUAUUCGGGACAAAGUCGACCGGGACCGUUCUAGGUCUCGGGAACGAGAUAGAGACUUCGGGAGAAGAGGCAGCAGGGAUGACGAGCGGCCUCGCUCAAGGGAGGAUAGAGACAGAGACAGUGUUGGGAGGAGGGAGAGGAUGGGGCGGCAUGGGUCAAGGGAAAGUGAUAGUAAGGACAGUCGAGGGCUCUCUAAUUCUAGAGAGGGUUCCAGAGAACCCAGGGACACAAAAGACGUUCUGGAGAAUUUGGAUAGGAUGAGAGAUGAGCAUUACAGGGAAAAAGAGAGAAUUCGGGAGCAUGAGGAGAAAGAGAGGGAGCAAAGAAACAUUGAGGCAAAGGAGAGGGAGAAGAAAGAGGCAGAGAAGAGAGAAAGGGAGGUGAAGGAAAGAGAGAAGGAGGUUAAGAAGGAGCACGACAGAGAGAAGGAACAGAAAGAGAGGGAGCUCAAAGAGAAGGAGCAGAAAGAGAAGGAAAGAGAAAAAGAGCGUGAGAAAGAGCUAGAGAGAGAAAGAGACUUAAAAGUUAAAGAGUUGGAGAAAGAGAAAGACUUGGAGAAAGAAAGGGACAGGGAAAGAGAGGUUCGGCAGAAAGAGAAAUACGAUAACGACCGUCCACCCAGAACUCGAACUCCUCCUAAGCAUAUUAGGUCACGGUCAAGGUCAGGUUCCAGAACUAGGAAACGUUCCAGGUCACGCUCAAAGACCAGAACAACAAGAUCAAGGCAAAGGUCAAGGUCAAAUUCUAGAGAUGUUGAAAGGCCCCCUGAACCUCCAUUUAGUGGUGAAGAUGAAGUUGAAGAUGAAGAGAUGGUGGAUGAAGAAGAAACAGAAGAGCAGCUAUAUGACUCAGUGGCAGAAAGAACCACCACAAGGAGACAAAGAAGAGUGGACUAUGAUGGUGAUGCUCAGGAACCAGAAGAGGGUUAUGAGGAUAUAUCAUCAGAGGAAGAGAUUGCUAUGGAAGAUCCAAAUAUGAUGGUUUUAGACAUGUAUGAGUUAGAUGAGGAUUCUUGGGGAUUGUCCCAUUCAUUCAAUCCUUUAGAGUUCUACCCGACUUCCCUCACUACACUGAAGAGCCCAGCCCUGUCUAGCUAUGAAAUAGAACUGUCAAAAUAUGCUGGGAUGGAUGAAUCAAGCACAGAGAGGCCCAAGGAAGCCCAGGUUUUGAUGGACAUCAUGUACCGGUUUGGGGAAGAAGAACAUCAGGAUCGAUGGGUAACAGCCAUGGAGGAGAUACCAUCCCUGCUUGAUAAAGGACUUUCUUACCUCUUGGGACAAGAGAAACGCCAGAGUGUCCUGGAUACUCUAGUUCAGUGGGUGAUGAAAGGCUGUGAUCCAGAUGUCGCCAUGGCCCAGCCAGACCCAGCCUUCAAAGUGCGGCACCUUAAAGCAGGCAUCAAACUCGCUGGGUGCCUGUGUAUCCUGAGUGAGCCUAUAGCUCUGGUUCUAUUGAAAAAAGACAUCCAGUCCAAAUUGCUGGCACUGUUUGAAAGCCAGUUCAUUGUGUUCAGUCUGAAACAUCUAGCUCUCCGCUCCCUAGCUAAGACUACCCAUUUCCCUGCUGGGACCCAGUGGUUUCUGGGCAUACAUCCCGACAUGAAGAAGGCAGAAGAUGGUUAUCAAAAGCUUGUUCGAAGUCUUUUAUCGCCUCAGAUAGUCAAACUGACCAUGUCAGUGACUGCCCUAAUUAGGAAAGUCCACUUUUAUGAGACCUUGAUCAACAUCUACACAGUCAUUGAUCAGGUAGUAACAAGUGGACCUCUGGUGGAGGAGACAUCCACCGAGGAUGAUGAUCCACCACAGCUGAGGGAGGAAGAUGAAAGCAGACUCCUGGCUGACUUGGCUGAGGCCACAAAAAUACUUGCAGACCCUCAUCUGCUCACUGGCCAGCAGCACAAUGCUGUACCAUACACUCUAUUGGUGGACAACAAGACCAAGUCAUCAGAUUCUCUACAGACUAUCUACAACAUCGCCAACUCAUGUGGUCUACUAGAAAGUAUCUUUGCCCUGCUGACCUGCCCAGCUACUGCCAGCUCACCCAGUGUUUUCCUGGCAGUCCAAACAUUGCUCCAGGGCUUCAUGUCCUCACAGGAUGGCCUCUUGUAUCUGUGUUCACAUCCUGAUGUCACUAAUGGCAUUAUAAGAUGUUUGCUUCAGAUGGUGGAAGAGCCAGAAGAUUCAGGGGAGGAUAUCCCUUCACGUCAGCUUGGUCUAGAGCUUGUUUACCACCUUCAAGUCAUACAGUUUGUUGACAAUCUCUUCAACAGCCAGAGUAAAUCUCCAGGUUCCAGAACAAUUGAUGACCCAGAGGUGAUCACAGUGCUUCAUGGCCUCUACACUAUGGCCUUCAGUGCAGCGGCCAGAGACCCACUGAUGGGUAGGAACAUCAUGUCUAAAGUUCUUGGAUUUGACAGAAACAUUGAAGUCCUUUUACCCUAUCUGGAGAGGACAGGAGAUGAAGAAUAUGACAGCAAGCUGAGGAAGUCUGUCUGUGCCAACUACUCUAUCCAGCUCCUGCUGCUUGUGAUCAAGACAUCCACUGAUGUCAAGAUGCUGGAACGCUAUGGGCAGAAACUUUAUUCUGUCUGUGAGGAUAGCACCAGCACAAAAUUAACUCAGCUCCAGGAGUGGCUGGCGCCAGUUAAAAAAGUGACCAGCUUUGACCUGGAUGGCCUGCCCGCCAUGAUCUCACAGCUCAAGCAGUUCAGCGAUGAUGUGAAGAAAGUGCCCCCUGGUUUGAUCACUAUUGUGCGCAUGAUUUACUCCUUGAUAGGGGAGGCUGCUGCUGAUGCUUCAGUGGACAAUCUUGAGACCCUUAAUGAAGCCAAAUACAGAUAUGCAAUUGUGGAGCUCUAUAGUGCUGAAUGUUUCCCGAUAUUCAUAAAUAUUUUACAGAAACUGAGUGAUUCCCAGCUGAAGGUGUGGCAGCAGGGCAUCCCCUACACAACUGACCAGUGGCUGACCUACUUUUCCCUCAUCAAGCCCAUCCUCAGCCUGGUGCAUGCAACACUGUGUCAGCUGAUCCAGGCUUUUAGGUCAGAGGGAAAAGAAAUGGACAGAAGAGAAUUGAAUGGGGCUGUUAAAGAUAUGGACAAAAGAGAAUCUAAUGGGACUGAUGACAAUGAUCCUCUUGUUAUGAAUCCUUUCAAAGACCUGACAUCCAUCCCUGUGUUGUUGGAGCUUCACACAGUCAUGUGUUCUGUUCCUACAUCAUCUCUCUACAACAAUGACCUAUCCAAGAUUCAGAAAGAUAUUGUUGACACUCUUCUUGCCUUCACACAAGAAGAGCUCCAACAGACCCAGACAGAUGAUGCUCUAAGUAAAAGUUUGUGGACUUUGAUGCUAAAAGAGCUCCUGAAGUACACAAUCAAGACACCUUAUACCUACAUGAGUGGUCUUCUCAUUCUUUCAGAGUUGCUUCCCUUACCGUUUCCACUGCACACUAAAGUAGCUCUCUCUGAAGAGGAAACAGAUGCAGCAGUGAUGGCCAGGAAGCUGUGGAGUGUCCACCUUCAGUCAGCAACACCUGAGCUGUUUGCUGUGCUGGACACACUGUCAGGUACAGGCUGCCAGCCACUCCAGCACCUGAUGAGGCGAGUCUGUUGGCAGGUGGCCGACCUUGCUGCUCCAUCUUCUCUAAGAGUCACAAAAAUUUUGUUGGACAUCCUGAUGAUAAACCUGAAGCCAAAGAAACCCACCCAGACAGCAGAAGGAGGGGAGAAGAAGGAAGGUGAGGAGGACAUGGCCGUGAGGACAGUGUCCAUCCACACUGCUAAAACCCUCAACCUACUGGCCUACCUGCUCUCACACCCAGGCAUCAAGGCGGCCUUGUUACAGCUCAUUGGGACCAGCAUCAACAACGAUGCCAAGUACAGCGAGUUCCUUCCCAUCAUGCUCCAGCUGCUCAACCAGACAGCUGAAACUCCAGCAGAGAUACAAGCACAGGAGGGAAUUGUGUCUAUGAUUCAAACACUUUGUGACCUUGAAAUCUCCAUGGUCAACACUGACCUGCCUGUCACAUUGGCUGAACAUCUGGCCAACUCCCUGCCUGAGAGUGUGUUGAUAGCUGAGAUAGUGGCUGCAUUGCUGGAACACAUAGGCAACCCUUUACAGUCCUAUGCAUCCAUCCUACCCUGUCUAAGGACUCUAACCAUGCUAACAGAUCAUGACUAUGGGUUUUUCCACCUUAAAAUGAAUCUGGAGCGCAAUAUUACUGUGAUUCACACACUCCUGAACCGUAUAAACAACACGUUCAGCAAGGACAGCUCCGACUGUCUCUCCACCCUGUCAUCUGUCCUUGAACUUCUGCGCCUGAUGAUGACCAUUGACAACUCUGAAGAAAUGGCGGUGACCCGUACAAAAGUCAUCAGCAGGGAGGAGCUGCGUCAGUUCCUGUUGUGGAGCCCUGAUGUCCGACACCCACUGGAUGAGCUUGAGGAACUGUCCAGAGAAGAAGAGACAUUAGAGUCCAUCCUGGAGAGCAUCACAGCACUGACCAGUAUUCUCAAAAGUUCACCUGAUGUUCCAACCGAUGGGGACACCAACCUGGAGGAGAUCCUCCUGCCCAUCCCUGCGGUACUGACAGACCUCUUCAACCAGAGAGCUGUCUACACCAUCAUGGACUCUGAAGAUGAGAGGCUGAGUCCCAGCUACUGGCUGGCCAAUCCUGCUGUUGAUGAACCUGAUGCAGAGCCUGAGGUCCUGCGCUGUGACCUCCAAGCCAUCUGUGAACACCAUUUGCCAGAUUUUAACCUUGAGGAGGAGUUGAAAAAAGAGGCCACGUCAGCUGAAGAGGAUAUUGUGCGGCCAAAGAGACCCAAAGAUAGAAGGAAGUCUCAUGAAGUCAUCAACAUUAAUAGAGGCAAGCCAGGCCGAAAGCCUUUUGUUGCACCAAUGAGGGGGCGUGGCAUCAUGCCCCACAACAUGGGUUCAGGCAACAGGAGCAACGACCUCUUCAGGACCAGGGCCCCCAACACCUCCAGACCACCUUCCAUGCACGUGGACGACUUCGUCAAGAUGGAGAACAGCCAGCAGCAGCAGGAACAGCAACAGCAGCUCCAGCAACAGGUGCUGCGUCCACCGCUGACCCCACCCAUGAUCCCUGGGAACAGGGACAGCAGAGAAAAGGAGAUGCCUAGGGGAAGAGGAGGAUUUGAUCGAGGCCGUGGUUUUGGUAUGCCAAACAGGGGUCGUUUCUACACACCCCCUGCACCAUACAACAGACGAGAGCCAAUGCUACAUGACCCCCACCCUUUGCCUCCUCCGGGGCCACACCCAUCUCACAGAGGAGCAAGAGGUGGUGGCAAUAAUGGUGGAAAUGGUGGCGGAAACAAUCUCAUUUCAUUGGACAGAUCUAGAGCAAAUUUUAUGGCACCAAGACCAUUUUCUCGAGGGCCGGAACGUCAAGGUCCCCCACCUAUGGACAGGCACAAUGGAAGAAAUGGCAGAUUCUCACCUGGUGGGAGAGGAGGCAGGGGUGGUCAGUGGGGCAGAGGGAGGGAGAUGGGAGAACCUGGCCGUUUUGCUGGGGGUGGAUUCCGCGGGAGACGUGAUGGUGGCAGACAUGCUCGGUCUUUUACAAAGUAAUGUUGUUGGUGUUUGCUCAGGUGUCUUACACAGGAUGUAUGUUGGAGACAUACGCAUGAUAUAUGCACUGGUAUGCAAGAAGGUCUGCUUAUACAACUGAGGCUAUUUUAAUUAUUGAUCAAAUUUUAAAGCAGGAAACUAUGUUUUUAUCAAAUUUUAACAGUAUUUUUUAAAUAUGUAAGCUGCUUUUUAGCUCCCAAAAAAAGAUUAGUUCUAGCAUGAAUUUACAAUUUUUUGUUUGUUUUGCGUUGAUUAUUCAUGUACAUGACCUGCUAAGAAAUAUUUAUCAGUACAAAAAGCCAAACUGUCAUACACCACUUGUAAAACAUAGUUCUGUGUUCUUAACAUUUCACUUAUAAUUUAAAGCAACUGAAAUAAAUUGUUUGAGCUGUAUUUGUAAUUAGUGGGAGAAUGUUAAAUACUUUGUUUUUAAAGACUUGUUUACAAUACAUUUCACAGCUACAAUUUAGACUGAAGAUAUUUGUAUAAAUUUGAAAUAGAGUGAGAUAAACCUGUAUUACUAGUGUAAAAAAGAACUUUGUAUGAAUUUUUUGAAUGAUGUGAAACUACACAGGUAAAUCGAUAUUAUUUUGCUGGUUCAGUUAGCAAGUAUGGUUGUAAAAAUAAGUGUGAGUUAGUGUGAAAGUUUUUCCUGUUUGAACAUAUAAUUGUAACCACCCAGUUUUCUUGUUUAUAUGAAAUGUACAGAGUUAAUUUUUCAUAACUAGCAAGUUUUAAUGUAGAACAAUAUUUUUUUCCCACAAUGGGAAUCUAAUGAAUUAUUGACUUUUUAAAAUUGUUGACAUAGGAUUUACCAUUAGUGUUAGCACCGAUGAUGGUUUUAUCACUGAUGCUAAAAAUUUAUUUUUAAAUGGGACUAAUCUUAGUUGGCAAGAAUUAUGAGUAGUGUGCUUUUCUUUUAUUUCAAGUUGCUGGCCUGCUUUGAUUAUAUCUCAAAUUAUUUUAAAUGAAUACGACUUGACUGUUAUGAAUAUACAUUUUGCUACUUUUGUUUGAUUAUUGUAUAUUAUUUUAUGUUUUAUAAUAACUGUUAAAUUUUGUUUCUUAAAAAAAAAAUUGAUGAUGUUUUUAUAAAAUAAAAACAC